AUGGCUGCUUCGGCGCUUUUGAAAAGCCGUAUUCGACGGCCUUCGUAUCUAAACAAGCUGGCCAAGCCUGAAGAUCUGAUUGAUCUGUUUCCCCAUGGCACAUCCAUCGGCUGGUCCGGUUUCACGGGUGUUGGCUACCCCAAAAAAGUCCCCACGGCAUUGGCAGACCAUGUAGAGAAGAACAACCUGCAAGGCAAGCUCAAGUACGACCUCUUCGUGGGAGCAUCCUCCGGUGCUGAGACCGAGAACCGCUGGGCUCGCCUCAACAUGAUCGAGCGUCGCAGCCCCCACCAGGUCGGAAAAGAGAUCGCCAAGGGCAUCAACAAUGGCAAUAUCAAGUUUUUCGACAAACAUCUGAGCAUGUUUCCCUCGGAUCUGGUCUAUGGUUUCUACACUCUCAAUAAGCCAAAGAACAAGAUUGAUGUUGCCGUUAUUGAGGCGUCCGCCAUUACAGAGAAUGGUGGAAUUAUUCCCGGUGCCUCCGUGGGCGCCUCCCCAGAGUUGGUCCAGAUGGCCGAAAAGGUCAUCAUCGAGGUCAACACAGCCAGCCCUUCAUUCGAGGCCAUACCUGAUUAUGUCCCCGAGGACCGGAUCGGAACUUCCUACAUUCCUAUCGACCCUGAGAAGGUCGUGGCCGUCGUCGAAUCCGACUACCCAGACCAAACACUCCCCAACUCGCCCGAGGACGAAACAUCGCAGGCCAUUGCCACCAACCUGAUCGAGUUCCUCAAGCAUGAGGUCAACCAUGGCCGUCUGCCACAGAACCUCCUCCCCAUCCAGUCCGGCAUUGGCAACAUCGCCAACGCGGUCGUUGGCGGUCUCAGCAAGGGUGGCGCCGACUUCAAGAACUUGAAGGUGUGGACUGAAGUCCUGCAAGACUCCUUCCUCGACCUCUUCGACAGCGGCAACCUCGACUUCGCGACCGCAACCUCCAUCCGCUUCUCUCCUGACGGCUUCAAGCGCUUCUACGACAACUGGGAGCGCUACGCCGGCAAGCUGCUCCUCCGCUCCCAGCAGGUCUCCAACUCCCCCGAGAUCAUCCGCCGUCUGGGCUGCAUCGGCAUGAACACCCCCGUCGAAGUCGACAUCUACGCCCACGCCAACAGCACCUGCGUCAUGGGCUCGCGCAUGCUCAACGGUCUGGGGGGGCUCCGCCGAUUUCCUCCCAAGACCGACCCGACCGGUGUCAGCUGUAUCGUCCCCUUCGCGACGCACAUCGACCAGACCGAGCACGAUCUCGAUGUGAUCGUUACGGAGCAGGGUCUGGCGGAUGUCCGCGGUCUCUCGCCGCGGGAGCGGGCCCGAGUGAUCAUCAACAAGUGCUCGCACCCUGACUACAAGCCUAUCCUGACUGAUUAUCUGGAUCGGGCGGAGUUUGAGUGUCUGCGUAAGGGUAUGGGCCAUGAGCCCCACUUGCUUUUCCAGGCCUUCAAGAUGCAUCAGAACUUCCAGGAGAAGGGUACCAUGAAGAUUGAUUCUUGGGAGUAA